CAAAUGACUUACUUCACAGUUUAAAGUUUAAGACUUUUCCUUUUUCCUUUUGUCUCAGGGGAAGAUGAGGGAUUACCAAUUGGCUGGUUUGAACUGGCUCAUACGACUCUACGAAAAUGGAAUAAAUGGAAUCCUUGCAGAUGAAAUGAGGCUUGGUAAAACAUUGCAAACCAUCUCCUUAUUGGGAUACAUGCAUGAGUUUAGAGGAAUAACUGGCCCUCAUAUGGUGGUUGCUCCAAAGUCAACUCUUGGAAACUGGAUGAAUGAGAUUCGGCUUUUUUGCCCCAUCUUGCGUGCUGUGAAGUUUCUUGGUAAUCCUGAUGAAAGAGUAAGUCAUUCUGGUGUGAUUUGUAUGGGUGAGUUAUUUAUGUUUUGGAUACUCUGUUCUAGAUUUCAUUACUUUCUAUAUCUUGCAGAAGCAUAUACGUGAGGACCUACUAGUUGCUGGGAAUUUUGAUGUAUGUGUUACAAGUUUUGAAAUGGCCAUCAUGUGUGUUAGGUCACUCUUAGCUUUGUAUUAGGGCUUUCAUAUCGAGAUCU